AUGUUGUCCAAGCUUACCGUACUCUUUGUGAUUUUGCUGAAUAUUCAGAAUGGUGUUUCCAAAUCAACACCAAAGAGUGCCCCAGGACUUCCGGUCGAUUUGAAUAACCCCGUGGUUCAGGUAGGUGAUAAAGCCCAUAUAUCGACGCUGUGGCGUUUCCGUUCUUCAGAGACUUGCCCACGAGACCGUUGACGUCUACAACAAGCAGCAUAACACCAGUUUGAAGUUCCACCAACUGCUUUCAGCUUACUCAUUUGGAUCAGUCGUUGGUAGCUUCUAUAAGCUGAAUGUGGAAGUCUUUUCCGAUAAAAAAGCGAUCCAUUUCUACCAGAUCAUUGAUAAAGUCGUGGUCGGCGCCACUGGCAAAGCUCUGCAUGAUAUCAUUAGUAUCAGCGAAAGAUUAAAUCCUCCAAAGUAA